UGCUUCCCCGUUAGACCCAAGUCCCUCUCCCCCCAACUGCCAAUCGCGCAGGCGCAGAAAUUCUGGCGGCGGAAAAGAAAUAAACAUGGCGGCCAACGAGUAUCACUGUAAUUACUGUCAAGCGGAUUGUACUUUGCUGCGACUGAAGUGCGCCGAAUGCACCGAUUUUGAUCUUUGUUUACAGUGUUUUUGCUGUGGUGCCGAGAUGGGCGAACACAAGCGAGGGCACAAAUACCAAUUAAUCGGGAAGGAUUGUGGAACCUUUCCACUGUUCAUGGAAGACUGGACAGCAGAGGAAGAAACACUUCUGUUAGAUGCUAUUGAACAGCAUGGGUUUGGAAAUUGGGAGGAUGUUGCAGAUCAUAUCGGUACAAAGACUGCUCAUGAGACUGCAGAUCACUACAACUCCUGUUAUGUGGAAGGUUCUGUUGGAAAAGUGACAAUUGAACCGUUCAAGAACAAGAUUGUUGACCACACUAUAUCAGAAGGAGGUUUAUUGUCGCCUACUAUUCUUGAGCCCCCACCUCCAUUAGAUAUGAGUGCAGCUGAGCAAACGGAACUUGGAUAUAUGCCUUUCCGGGAUGACUUUGAGAAAGAGUAUGAUAAUGAUGCUGAAACACUUGUUAGUGGAUUACAGUUCAGUCAUGAUGACGAUGAUAUUGAAAAGGAUUUAAAGCUUGCCCAGAUAGACAUGUAUUUAAGGAGACUUCAAGAGCGCCAGCACAGAAAAAACGUUGCCAGACAACAUGGAUUGAUUGCAAGCAAGCAUAAGAUCAUAGCGCUAAGAAGAAGAUACUGCAAGGAAGACAGGGAUUUUAGAGAUGCCACAAGAAUAUUUUCUCGAUUCAAACCGCCAAAGGAUUGGGAGGAGUUUUUGAAUGAUCAUCUACGGGAGCGUGAAGUAAAGACGAAAAUAAAAGAAUUAAUGAGAUACAGAAAAAAUGGAAUCACAAAACUUGCUGCUGGUCAGGAAUUUGACGAAAAAAGAUUACGAAGGGAACGGAGAAAAGAAAACAAAAGAAAAAUUUUGGGAGGCUCAACACCUCGUAAAACCAAUGUUUCCAUGGGUAAGAAAAACGACAACGAAAAGGAUACAAGUUUGCGGAGCGGUAUUAUAGACGAACUGAAAUCCUGCCGUGGACUAAAUGUUCUUUCUUCUCGUGAAGUUCAGUUGUGUUCUAAAAUGCAGAUGAAGCCUGGAUUUUACACUACGAUAAAAACCAUAAUUCUUAAGGAUCAUCUGCUACGGCGACAAGGCGUUCAAGUAAAGACGCGUUACCCACCCAACCUAGACAAGACCCAUCGGCGCCUCAUCGUCAACUUUCUCAAGGAAAGCGGAUGGAUUUCAAGCUCGUAAUAUCUUUACGGUUAAGACAGCCUGAAAUAGCGAUUCAACCAAUGCCUCUCUUAAAGUAUUGUUACUAAAAAUUCGACUCGAGGAGGGAACUAUUGUCACACUACAUUUGUUUGUCGCGAAUUCCGGGUUUUUAUAGGCUCUAUUACCAGCCGUCGCUAGGCCUCACAUCGGUACGUACUGCGGGCUCACAGAGACGAGCUGGAAAUCGAGCCUAGGGUUUUAAGGUUUGUGCAGUUUUUCACUCCCGAAAGUAGGCACGGACACCCUUCGCGAGGGAGGUUUAGAUUGUUUUUCUAGAAUCGACAAAUUGCCUUGUGUGGCGUCUGGAGACAGGUUUAGCAUUUGGCAGUUGUUGUCACAAGCUUUUAUUGAAAAGAAUAUAAAAAAAUCUCAUCCACAUUCGCGAAUGGACUAUAUACACUCCUCCGGGUGCGUGUGAUCAAUCAAACUUUAUCUCUUUAAUUUUGUACAUAGGACAGUAAGUAACAAGUAUGUACUUCAAGGUAUUUUAUACUUUUAUAUAGAAUUUAUAUUUAAUUUGAAGUUUGGCCAAGGUAAUAGAUGACAGAUAUAUAUUUAUUGCAGAAACAUCCACAUAUUAUUGAGGUUGUAAAUACACUUGUAAAAAAUAAAUUUUAUUGGAAUUGA